CGAGAGAAGAACCGUAAAGAUUUAAGAUGGACCAGCGAUUGGGUUCUUAUUUUAGGGUUUCUAUGUCGAGCUCCGCGAUGAAUGAAUCCAGGCUCCACGAGAAGAGCGUCGAGGAGCUCCGGAAGCUCUUGUCGGAUAAAGACGCGUAUGAGAGUUACCUCCAUUCGAUCGAGGAGGUGAAGCAACUGGACACGCUCCGGAACGAUUUAAGAAAGAGCAAUGUGAACCUCGCAAGACAUAAUUUGGGGAAGGAGUCCGAGAUGGCUGAGCUUAGAAACCAGUGUAUGAUCAUCAGAACGACCGAGUUGGCCACAGCACAGGAGAAGUUUUCAGACGCUCAGCGGCGAGAGAAAGAGAUCCUGGCGAGGAGCUCGCCAGCAUCAAUCUUAAACAAGCUACAAGAGGCAGCCAACGCGGCGGACGACGAAUCCGAAAGCUUACACCACAAGCUACUGAGCGGCGAGCUUGAGUUCCCGGAGUUUCUCCAAAAGUAUAGGCAGCAAAGGGUUCUCUAUCACCGAAGAACUUUGCUUCGCCUGGCCGCUCUGGCCGGGUGAUCGAUCUUAGAGAUCUCAUAGCGCUGCGCACUGGUAUCUUCAAUUUAAACCCUUUCGCCGAUUAACAGCC